GUGGUGAACCCGCGCGCCCUGAGGACACAGCCGCACACACCGCCUGCAGCACGGCGGCUCCACGCGCCCGCAGCAACUCACCUCUGACACACCUGCACGCCCGCAACCACUGCCUGCGGUCACACGCAACACGCCCGUGGUUCCCAACGCCGCCGCCGCCUCCCUAGUCACCGUGCAAGGCCGCGGCCACUAGAGCCCGUGGCAGCGACACCCUGCGAGGAGCACGUGCUGGGCCACCGCCCAGGGCAGGUGUAUGGGGCGGCGCUCCCGUGAGCAGUGAGUGUUUGUGAGGGUUGUGCCCAGUGCCCCGUGCCCGGGUGGCCGUGCCCGAGGAGGGACGCUGCUGCGUGAGGCGAGCCGCAGUGCCGCGAGCCCCAGGGAGCGACUCGCGCGGCUCACGACAGCACAGUGAAAGUUGCGUUAUCCCGGGGAGGCCAGGCAGUGCCCCGGGGAGACAGGGGGCGCCCCGGGGAGACGAGGCAGUGCGCGACAGAUAAGGGCGGUGGAAGGGCAUCAUGCACCUGGGGGAGGACAUGGGUGACUGCUGGUGGUCGGAGCGCGCUCUGACGGAGCUGCUGGGGGAACACCCCGGCGAGCUGGUGCGCACCGGCAGUCCAAACUUCGUGUGUACCAUCCUGCCGCCCCACUGGCGCUCCAAUAAGACGCUGCCGGUGGCCUUCAAAGUGAUAGCCCUUGGCGAAAUAGGCGACGGCACUGUCGUCACCGUCCGCGCCGGCAAUGACGAGAACUUCUGCGCGGAACUGCGCAACAACUCUGCCGUCAUGAAGAACCAGAUUGCGAAAUUCAACGACCUUCGAUUCGUCGGCCGCUCUGGACGAGGCAAAAGCUUCAACCUGACCAUCACAGUUAGCACCUCGCCGCCACAAGUCACCACGUACUGCAAGGCCAUCAAGGUGACAGUGGACGGCCCUAGGGAACCCCGCUCCAAGGCCCGCCAGCAGCAGUUCCGAGCGUUCGCCUUGGGCCAGCGACCCUUCCUCGACACCCGCUUCAGCGACCACCUGCGGGAACUCGAACUGAGACGCAAGAGCGACUCCAUACCGCCGGGCAUUGGCUUCAAAGUGCCGCACACCGGACCCUCCUCCACGCAAGACGCCACCACCUCCAUGAGCCUCGGGACAACAGAUACUCAUUGGUCCAGCUACAGCGGCUCCCACUACUCCUAUAUACCAGGAGGCUUGGCGGGAGGCAACUCCUCGACUCUGCAGAGUGGGUUUUCAUCGCCUCAAACUCUGGGCUACACGAGUGAUAUCUCCCAACAAGUCACUCCUCUCGACUCCGGAUCGUCUCACCUUUCUUCAGGUGUGGUGGAGAACUCCCCGAGUUCCGGGGGUGACUACGAAGGGCUGGGCUCCCUGCAGGCGCCUCACUCGCCACCUCGCCACGACUACAUGCUGGCGCGCUAUUCCUCGCCCGACCCUCGUCAUGCCGCCCAGGCCGCGCCCACAGACCCACGCCAAGACAUCACCUGCGCUCCCUACACGCCGCCGGCAACCACUGCUAACGCCGCUGCCACACCCUCUGCUGUGGGCGGCCUGUUGGCGGGUGCGUCUUCAUCGACAGGCGGCACGGGCGGUGGGGUGAUCGCGGCGGCAGCAGCGGCAGCAGGCACAGUGGGUGGUGGGGCCGGCAGCUACCCGGGGUACCUUGGCAGCGGCUACUAUACCGCCACCACCACGGCCCAGGGCUACCUAUCUCCCAGUGUGUCUCUCCUGUACCCACACCUGUACCCGCAGCAGGGCCAGCUAUCCCUGCUCGACCCGCGCCAGCCCACGCCUGAGCAGUAUCCUACUGCCAACACGGGCGGCCAGCGGGACUACGGGCGCCACGACGGCUUUCGUGACAUGUCCAGCGCCGGUACCAGUACGCCCGGCCCCCACCAGGGCAUGAUGGCCGCCCACAUGACGCCUGAUGACAGCCUGCACGGCGUGCAUCCCCACGACCGCUAUAUGAGCAACGGCACCGCGCGGGCGGUCCUCGCCCAACGAUCCCUCGGUGUGGCGGCCCUACUAGCGCCCGCCCGACGCCCGCGGAAGCUGGGAGAUCUCCAGACAUUCUGAUGCAUUUAGGAAAGUGGAUGGCAGACUCCAUGACUGUCGGCUAAUUUAUUGAUGAUGAUAAAGAGUUGACCUGUAAUUCUUCGAUUGAUGUCCUGCCAUAUGUUGAUGGUCUACAUGCUUGUUGUGUGUGUGUGUGUGUGUGUGUGUGUGUGUGUGUGUGUGUGUGUGUGUGUGUGUGUGUGUGUGUUUGUGUUAUAAUUCUUUACAAUGUAAAGUACAAGAGAUGAAGGGUGGUCGCCGCCCUGGAGGUUUUGCCGUCCUCAGACCCCGGCCCUAAGCUGGGCUGUCCCUCUGUCCAUCCUGAAGGAAUUUCUUUCCCCGGUCUUCCCCGCGGCAGCUCAACACAUCGUCUCGGGAUCCACACAGGCGGUGGCAGAGAUAGCUGAGUCAGAUACACGCCAGUACAGCGAGUGCCUGUG